AUGGCAGCCAAGAUUGUAGUUCUUGCCGCUCUGGUGGCUCUGGCCCACGCCUCAGUAGUACCUGUAGCGCAAGUAGACAACGAUUACACCAGCUUCGCUUACGAUGUGGCAGAUCCCUACACCGGUGACUUCAAGAGCCAAGUGGAGACCAGGUCCGGUGGUGUAGUCCAGGGACAAUACUCACUACUCGAUGCUGAUGGCACCAAACGCACUGUAGACUACAGCGCUGACGACGUCAACGGUUUCAACGCUGUUGUGCGCAAGGACCCAGCUGUCAUUACCCAGUCUGUGGCCGCUGCUCCAGUGGUUGCAUCCGCUGUUGCCGCUGCACCAGCUGUUGUCGCCCCCGCUGUUGUCGCUGCCCGGACAGUUGCCGCUCCAGUUGUUGCAUCUGCCCCAGCGGUUGUUGCAUCUGCACCAGCUGUCGUCGCAUCUGCCCCUGCUGUUGUUGCUAAAACAGUUGCCCCAGCUUACUACGCCGCUGCAGCUCCAUCUUUGGUAGCAACUAGCUCAUUCGCUCCAACAGUCUACGCCUCUGCUCCCGGAUUCGCAAACACUUACUCCUACGCCGCCUCUGCCCCCGUUGUAGCUCGUGCCUAUGCUGCCCCCGCCUUCACCAAUGCUUACACAACCCCAUACCUUGCCCGUUCUUAUGCUGCCCCAGCUGUAUACUCAGGUCAUUCAUACCUGGCUCCCCCAGCGUACGCUCGUUACGCUUCCCCAUACUACUCUACCUACUGGUAA